CGGGGCUGCGGCACGGGCCGGGCAGCACCAUGGCGGCGGCGGCGCCUGCUGCGGCGGCGGCUUCUCCCGAGGCGCCGGCGACGACUGCGACGGCAGAGCCCGGGGCUGGGUGCGAGGGCAGUUGCGAGGUCCGAGUGCUGCAGAGCCUGCGGGGCAAGAUUUGUGAAGCAAAAAACUUAUUGCCGUAUCUUGGACCCAACAAAAUGAGAGAUUGUUUCUGCACCAUAAAUUUGGACCAGGAAGAAGUUUAUCGUACCCAAGUUGUUGAAAAAUCUUUAAGCCCAUUUUUCAGUGAAGAAUUUUACUUUGAGAUUCCAAGAGCUUUCCAGUAUUUGUCUUUCUAUGUUUAUGAUAAGAAUGUUUUACAAAGAGACCUUCGUAUAGGAAAAGUAGCCAUUAAAAAAGAAGACUUGUGUAACCACAGUGGCAAAGAAACUUGGUUUUCACUACAGCCUGUUGAUUGCAAUUCAGAGGUUCAGGGUAAAGUUCACCUUGAAUUAAAACUGAAUGAACUCAUAACAGAGAAUGGAACCGUGUGCCAACAGCUUGUAGUACACAUCAAGGCAUGCCAUGGAUUGCCUCUCAUAAAUGGGCAAAGCUGUGAUCCUUAUGCAACAGUUUCUCUAGUGGGCCCUUCUAGGAAUGACCAAAAGAAGACAAAAGUAAAGAAGAAAACAAGCAACCCGCAGUUUAAUGAAACCUUUUAUUUUGAGGUAUCCAGACCCAGUAGUUAUAGCAGAAAGUCCCAGUUCCAGGUAGAAGAGGAGGACAUUGAAAAACUAGAAAUUAGGAUUGAUUUGUGGAACAAUGGAAACCUGGUCCAAGAUGUUUUCCUAGGUGAGAUUAAGGUUCCUGUGAAUGUCUUAAGAAAUGAUUCUUCUCAUCAAGCCUGGUACUUGCUACAGCCAAGAGACAAUGGAAACAAGUCAUCUAAAACUGAUGACCUGGGGUCUCUUCGGUUAAAUAUUUGUUAUACAGAAGACUAUGUGCUUCCUUCAGAGUACUAUGUUCCUUUGAAAACAUUGCUGCUAAAAUCACCAGAUGUCCAGCCAAUCUCUGCCUCAGCUGCUUAUAUUUUGGGUGAAAUAUGUAGAGAUAAAAAUGAUGCUGUCUUGCCUCUUGUGCGACUGCUGCUACACCAUGAUAAACUUGUUCCUUUUGCCACAGCAGUGGCUGAAUUAGACUUGAAGGAUACACAAGAUGCAAACACAAUUUUUAGAGGAAAUUCCUUGGCUACCCGUUGUUUGGAUGAGAUGAUGAAAAUAGUGGGAGGGCACUACCUGAAAGUAACAUUAAAACCUAUUCUAGAUGAGAUAUGUGACUCUUCUAAAUCCUGUGAAAUCGAUCCUAUUAAAUUAAAAGAGGGAGAUAAUGUAGAGAAUAAUAAGGAGAAUCUGCGCUACUAUGUAGACAAGUUAUUCAGUACUAUUGUAAAAUCAAGUAUGAGCUGCCCCACUGUAAUGUGUGAUAUCUUUUACUCGCUAAGGCAGAUGGCUACUCAGAGAUUUCCUAAUGACCCUCAUGUUCAGUAUUCUGCAGUGAGCAGCUUUGUGUUUCUUCGUUUCUUUGCUGUAGCCGUAGUCUCACCUCAUACUUUUCAUUUGCGACCUCAUCAUCCAGAUGCACAGACAAUUAGGACAUUAACUCUCAUCUCAAAAACCAUUCAAACGUUGGGAAGCUGGGGGAGCCUGUCCAAAAGCAAGUCAAGUUUCAAAGAGACAUUCAUGUGUGAAUUUUUCAAAAUGUUUCAAGAAGAAGGAUAUAUUACAGCAGUUAAAAAGUUCUUGGAUGAAAUUUCAUCUACUGAAACUAAAGAGUCCAGUGGUACAAGUGAACCUGUGCACCUGAAAGAAGGUGAGAUGUAUAAAAGAGCUCAGGGAAGAACUCGGAUUGGAAAAAAGAAUUUCAAGAAACGGUGGUUCUGCUUAACAAGCAGAGAACUCACCUACCACAAACAGCCAGGUAGCAAAGAUGCAAUUUAUACAAUUCCAGUGAAAAACAUUCUUGCUGUGGAAAAACUGGAAGAGAGCUCUUUCAACAAGAAAAAUAUGUUCCAAGUAAUACACACGGAGAAACCACUCUAUGUCCAGGCAAAUAAUUGUGUAGAAGCUAAUGAAUGGAUAGACGUGCUCUGCAGGGUGAGCCGAUGCAAUCAGAACAGGCUCAGUGUUUAUCAUCCUUCUGCAUAUCUCAAUGGAAACUGGCUCUGCUGUCAGGAAACCAGUGAAAACACUCUCGGCUGCAAGCCAUGUACCGCAGGUAUCCCUGCCGAUAUCCAAAUAGAUAUUGAUGAAGACAGAGAAACAGAAAGAAUUUAUUCCCUUUUUACCCUCAGUUUACUUAAGCUGCAAAAAAUGGAAGAGGCUUGUGGAACUAUAGCUGUCUAUCAAGGACCACAGAAAGAGCCUGAUGAUUAUUCUAACUUUCUAAUUGAGGAUUCUGUAACAACCUUUAAGACAAUUCAGCAAAUAAAAAGCACCAUAGAGAAGCUAGAUGAACCUCAUGAAAAGUAUAGGAAGAAAAGAUCAAGUAGUGCAAAAUAUGGGAGCAAGGAAAACCCAAUUGUUGGAAAAACAUCUUAGAGUUUGACCAAUUGAUUCAGAGGAAUUGGAAAAUAUUUUUGUUGGAGUUUUCAAUCAUAAUCUAUUUCGUUAAUAGUAUUUAAGAAUGAACAUUGGCUUCAGUGUCACCUGUAUUCACAUUGUAUUGAAUAUUUAAUAAUUGAAAUUGUUUGGGAAUCCUGGUAUUGAUGUAUUACUAGAGAAUUUGAUGAAUUACUAGAGAAUGUGUUAAAAGCCAUGUUUCUACAACUUCUUUUUAAUAGAAAGAAAUCUUCCUAUAGAAGCUUUGUAACAAAAGGAGAAUUCAUAGCAGGAAACCAUUUUUUCUUGUAACACUCCAUGUUCUAUGGACUUUUCACUACCAUUAGUGCCUGCUCUACACUGCCAACAUUGUGUUUUCCUAGAAAAUCCCAAUCCAUGAUAAUUCAGAGCUUCCUGUUUAGUUUAUCUAUACCCUCUUCAGCAAAAGAAAAGCGUUUUUUUUUUUUUUCACUAUUGGUCCAUUAGUCAUUGCAGACUAUAUUAGGAAUGACAGAAGCUGUCAAGCUACUGCCAAAGCAUCCUUGAAUGUUGGUAGAUUUUUUUGUCUACUUAAAGAUGUAAACAGAACUCAGUAGAAGGAAUCAGGGAACAUGUACUAUUGUGUGCAUCUUGUUUACAUUUGGGAUGAGUGAUGGCAGAUGAAAUAAACUGAGACCACUAAAUUUUUAUUGUUUUAAAUAGUAGGUACUCGCUUUCUUGAUUUAAGAGUUCUUGAUAUCUAAGAACAUUUCUUUUGAAAAAGAAGAGAAAGUAAACAGUGAAAGAAAGUGGGAGGAAACUCACUUGACUCCACCUGUUAUUCCAUUCUAUUAUAAGGGCCACUAUAAGGACCCCUUCCUCCUAGCAUGAGGUUAAGAACUAACUGCAAAACAGUCACUUGGCGCACUUUAAUAAUCUGGCCGCCAGAUUAUAUUUUAGAUACUCCAUAGUAUCUAAUCUCUAUGAUCAGUUGAAUGAUCAGUGUUUAAGACUAGAAAUAGUGCUUUCCUGAAAAUGUUUAUAUUUCACUGCUGUUUCCUUUUUGCCUGCUAUCCAAAUGGAAUUUGGACAAGCAACUGUUUGAAUAUUGUUUUUCUGUAAUUACUUUCAUUCUAAAAACUAUCACUGUAAAUAGGCAUUCGAAGCAAGUUGCCACCUUGAAGUUAAGAGGGAUACACUUUGCUUCAUCAGUAUUAAAAACUAUGGUACUCUUAUUUUAUCUUUUUAAAUUGAAAACAUUUUCUAAAUGUGGUACUUUGAACCUUGGAGUAUUUACACAUAUUUCUGUUUAAAACUGUGACUUAUUAAUGUAAGUCUACCUAGUAGUUCUUUUGUUUCCCUCAGCAUAAGCUAUAUUUCAAGAUAACUUUACCAAUUAUAUUAUUUGUAAUUAUUUUUAAGUUAUAUUAUUAUCAGGUAAUUAUUUUUAAAAACCAAAGUUAUUCCAUAAAUAAAUAAAACUGAACAAUGUAUUUCUUUAAAUGACUUGUAAAAUCAAUUGAUUUUAUUCAAGAAUCAACCCUAGUCUACAGUUUGAUAGGUAUUCCUGGCCCAUUUUUGAGGACACGUUUGAAAGAGUCUUAAAUUUUAUGACCAUUAUAUAUUCCAUGAACUACACAGAGUUACAAAUGUGAAAGAAUUUAGCCAUUAAGUAAAUUUUUCAUUAAUUUCAUUAAGAUUGAAAUUUCCCUCUAAGAGGGAAAGGAAUAUGGAGCAUUGCAGGUACCACUCAUUACUCUUAGGUGGCUUUUUUUUUUUUUUAGGCAAAAGAAAGACUUCUUAUAAUUUUUUCUCAUAUCAGAUCCCCUAUUGCUUUUAAAGAUUACUGCGUUACUAAGAGGACUAAUGCUGUGUGAGUACAUAACUGAAUUUAAAGAAAGGGUUUAUUUAUGUAGUUAUUUUCUCACUUUGACACUUUUAAACUGCCAGUUUGACCAAAAUUAACCAACUUAGCACAUCGAAAAGGAGUAUUGUGAAAUUAAGUUUAAUUUUCUUUGAAAGACUUUUGAAACAACAGUCUGUGUCAGUAUGACCAUAAGAUAAUCAGGUUUUUCUAGGGGCCUUCCUCCUAGAAUUUUGAAUACUUCCUCCUUCCUUUUGAAUACUUUGAUUUUUACUACUUUUCCAUAAAAACCUGAAAACCCCAAGAGGGAAAGAUAAGCUUAAUAUGGAGAAACUCAUAAAUGCCAGUUCUUUUUAUUUUAGCCAUUUCCAUCAGUUGAAAUGACAGUCAUCUGUGACUUUUGUUGUUUCCGUUUUUUGCUUAGCAUUGUUUUUUUGAUAAUUCAUUUAAUAAAAUGAUGGGCAAUAGCAAAAUUUUUACUCCCAGAAAUAUAAUUUCUCAAAUUUUAACUAUUUUAUUUGCCAAAGAAAUAUGUUUAUAAUAUCACAGGUAAUGUUUAAGUAUCAUACGAGGCUUUUCUUAUUAUUAUUAUACAAAAAAAAUAGGUGACACAGGGGAUUUUGAGUUUCUGUUUUUAAAACCAAGUCUUUCUCAUUUAGCAGAUUCCCUCACACAAUGGCUUUAGAAAACUUUUUUUAAAGUAAAAGCACCUAUAAUUUGCUCUAAUGGUACACCCUAAUAAAACUGAAGAGAAGAAAAUUUUCAGCAUCUUACACAAUGUGAAAUGUACAGGACUCAUUCUAGAGUUAAACUACUAGUUUGGCUUGCUGUUUUCUGCUUCCAUUUUUAUUAACUUGGGACUCAUCCUGGUACUAGUAAAUAUUGGUUUUUACAUUGUCCAGUUUGAAAUUGUAAGUUAUCAAAACUUAAUGUAGUGAAUUUGUGUAACCAUGUUGUAUUGUUGAGAAUGUAUUUUUAUUUAAAUUUUAUUUUCUUAUCAAGAGUAUUAUAAAAAUUAAAAACUUUUGUAACUGCCGCUUGGAAAUAACUGAAAUAAAUUACAAGUCUGUCCAUUCUGAGACCUUUUUUUUUUUAACUAAU